AUGGCUACGGAACAGGAAGCGUCGGCAACCUUGGGCCUCCGUUUCCAGUCUGCGCCGGAGGAUGUGGCUCUGCCCCCCGUGGACCCAGAGGGUCAGGAUUCGGCAGCCAGGUUGGAAGAGCCUCACAAACUCCACCACACCGACCUUUGUGGGGGAAAAGAGGACCUCCUGAGCUGCAGUGGGGAGCACGCGGUCAGAAGACCCAAGUGGGGCAACCCACCACUCCUGCUUCCUGCCCCUUGGGACGUCACAAAGACUUGCCUGUCUUCCUUGGAUGGGCUGGCCGAUCUGAGCAGAGAACAGGCCACACAACUCCUCCCAGGCCACGGUGGGGAAGCCAAACCGGCCUCCAGCUGCUUGGACUCUGAGGUGGGCUACUCAGACCCACGGGGGGAUCCCUCGGAAAAGGGUGCCGUCCCCAUGGAGGGGCAGCGGCUGAACUUCCGCCAGUUCCGCUACCAGGAGGUCGAGGGACCACGGGAAGUGUGCAGCCAGCUCUGGUACCUGUGCCACCGUUGGCUGAAGCCGGAGAGGCACACCAAGGAGCAGAUCCUGGAGCUGGUGAUCCUGGAGCAGUUCCUGGCCAUCUUGCCCUCGGAGAUCCAGACCUGGGUGAAGAGAGGAGGACCCGAGAGCUGCGCCCAGGCGGUGGCCCUGGCCGAGGGCUUCCUGCAAGGACAACGGGAAGCUGGGAGUUGCGGGGAGCAGGUGAGGUCAGAUCUGUCCUGGACAAGACUUUAGAAAAUGAGAGUUGGCUGCUCCCAGAUGUAUUUUAUUCCACUGAUCCAUCACUUCCCAUAGAAUUGCAUCUUGGAGAAGUACUGUAUUUUUCACUCUAUAAGACAUACUUUUUCCCUCCUAAAAAGUAAGGGGAAAUGUGUGUGUGUCUUAUAGAGCGAAUGCAGGCUGCGCAGCUAUCCCAGAAGCCAGAACAACGAGAGGGAUCGCUGUGCUCCCUCUUGCUGUUCUAGCUUCUGGCUUAGCCGUGCUUUCUCUUCCCCCACCUCCUGUGUGCGGCUCUUGGGGGCUUUUCCCCGAGGAGGGAGAAGGGCAACCUGUCAGUAAUGGAUUGCCCUUCUCCCUCCUCAGGGAAGAGCCUGCAAACACACGCUCCAUGCGGCUUGUGAAAGGGAGCGCUGAGCAGAGCCUGGGAUGCAUACAGUCUCUGCUCAGAGCUCCCUUUAAAGAAUAUUUUUUUUCUUCCAUUCCCCCUCUAAAAACUAGGUGCGUCUUAUGGCCAGGUGCGUCCUAUGGAGCGAAAAAUACGGUAACUCUUUUUCUUAUGCAUUCAUGAUGAUUUGUGCUCUGGAAGGUAUUGGGGCGGUGACACACAAUCCGCCUUACGGGUGGUGCUGUGGUCUAAACUACUGAGCCUCUUGGGCUUGCCGAUCAGAAGGUUGGUGGUUCGAAUCCCUGCAAUGGGAUGAGCUCCCAGUGCUCUGUCCAAUGCUUUUUUCUAAAAAAUGUUUAGGGGUACUCUCAUUUUCCUACUCGUGUUGAAAUACUGCCCCUCAAUGAGGCUAAACUUACAUUCACAAAAAGUUUAGGAGUAUUUUCUGCAUCCCCCCAGAAAAAAAGCACUGGCUCUGCUCCAGCUCCUGCCAACCUAGCAGUUCGAAAGCACGCCAGUGCAAGUAGAUAAAUAGGUACCGCUGUGACAGGAAGGUAAACGGCGUUUCCGUGCGCUCUGGCUUCCAUCACGGUGUUCCGUUGCGCCAGAAGCAGUUUAGUCAUGCUGGCCACAUGACCCAGAAAGCUGUCUGUGGACAAACGCCGGCUCCCUCAGCCUGAAAGCGAGAUUAUUGUUUGCACCUGGAAAUGUUUUGUGGGUGAACAUGCUGCGUCCUUUCCAAUCCACGCAUGGCCUGUAACUUCCUUAAUAAAUUUGGUAACGAUUUUUAAAACUGCAAAUGUUGGGGUGUGGCCGCUUUUGUUGUGUUGUAGCGCAGGAGCAUCCCUUCUGGUCAGCAAUAGCACAGUGACAUUAGGGCAGCAGAACAGCUAGUAAAUUGGGAAUGAUGUGUGGGCAGUCCAGUAUAAAUCCACCACAAAUGUGGCAGGGUCCACAAAUGUGGCCGCUGGGACCACAUAACACCGGUCCUGAGAGAUCUGCAUUGGCUCCCUGUACGUUUCUGAGCACAACUCAAAGUGUUGGUGCUGACCUUUAAAGCCCUAAAUGGCCUCGAUCCUGUAUACCUGAAAGAGCAUCUCCACCCCCAUCGUUCAGCCCGGACACUUGAGAUCCAGCGUCGAGGGCCUUCUGGCGGUUCCCUCGCUGCGAGAAGUGAGGUUACAGGGAACCAGGCAGAGGGCCUUCUCGAUAGUGGCACCCGCCCUGUGGAACACCCUCCCAUCAGAUGUCAAGGAAAUAAGCAGCUAUCCUAUUUUUAAAAGACAUCUGAAGGCAGCCCUGUUUAGGGAAGUUUUAAAUAUUUAAUGCUGUACUGUUUUUAACACUCGAUUGGGAGCCGCCCAGAGUGGCUGGGGAAACUCAGCCAGAAGGGUGGGGUAUAAAUAAUAUAUUAUUAUUAUUAUCCCUUUCAAGCUCAUCCAAUCCAACUUCUGUUUCAAGUACUGUGGUACCUCGGGUUAAGAACUUAAUUCGUUCCGGAGGUCCGUUCUUAACCUGAAACUGUUCUUAACCUGAAUCACCACUUUAGCUAAUGGGGCCUCCUGCUGCUGCUGCGCUGCCAGAGCACGAUUUCUGUUCUCAUCCUGAAGCAAAGUUCUUAACCCGAGGUACUAUUUGUGGGUUAGCGGAGUCUGUAACCUGAAGCGUCUGUAACCCGAGGUGCCACUGUACAGGACUUCUCUUGAAGAAUCCUGGGAGCUAUAGUUUGUCAAGAGUGCUGGGAACUGUAGCCCUGUGAGGGGGGGCGAAUUCUGGGUGUGUGGGGGGUGGGGGAGUCCUGUGCUUUAAAUGCAAAUACACCAGUCUGGAGGGGACAUAAAAGCAGUUUUUAAAAGAUGUAUUUAUAGAGGAGGCAGCAAUGCUUCUGAACACCAGGUCCUCAUUGGCCCUGUGAUGGAAAUCCUCGCUUCUCUUUUUUUCCAGGGGGUUUACCAGCAGGAGAUGCCUGUGAAUCCCCUUGAAGCUGAUCAGGCUCCUUCAGAGACAGGAGAGAAGCAGCCGGGUGCCGAGGUGAAGCGGGAAGGCAACAGGGGUGGCAGCUGCAUGGGUAGGUGUGCUGAUAGGGCACGUUGAAUUUUCCAGCUUUCAACCUCCCCCUCCCCCCAAAUCAGGGGUGCUAAAAAGUUGUAACAUGACUUGGGGCUUCAAAAGAUAUUUUGGUGGGAUUAAUGUAAUUCAGUUUUGCUUGCUUUGCAAAAUAUGUGUAAAAUGGCAUAAAAUUUACUAAUCAUGAUUGCCAAGUACUUACGGUUUUAUUAUAUAUUAUUUUUAUAAUUUAGUAUCAUUUAGCAUUGCGUUAUAUUUUCAACCAAAUUUCCUGAGAUCCACGAGGAGGCUUCCAUCUGUGUUUGCAGACCACCCGGUGCCAUUUUGAUUCAAGAUGGCACCACAAACGUUUCAUAACUGCACUGUUUUUAAUCCAUGGUUUAAGAAUGGACCAGAUUUUAUGGGUUUGUUUGUAAGAAUCCCUGAGCAGCCCUGCGUACAAGGCUACUAGCGGGAAACAGUUUGCCAAAUGGACCUCUCUUAGUUCUCUGAAGGCCACCCCGUUUAGGGAAGUUUUUAAUGUUUGAUGUCUUAUAGGGUUUUUAAUAUUCUGUUGGGAGCCGCCCAGAGUGGCUGGGGAAACCCAGCCAGAUGAGUGGGGUAUAAAUAAUAAAUUAUUAUUAUUAUUAUUAUUAUUAUUAUUAUUAUUUCACUCCCAGAUGACAGACAGACGAGAGAAAAGGAGGAUUCACAGGUGAAAAUUUCAGAGCCGGUGGAGCUGCCAGACAAGGGGGAAGGAAGGCGUUUCCUACCGACAACAGAGGAAGAAGAAGAAGAUGCUCCUUCGACGCAGCCUGGACCCAAGAGGAAGUUGGGAAAGGGCCCAGAGGAGAGCGUCGCUUGCGGAGAAGCCUUUGCCCACCUCGGCGAACCCACAAACCAGCCGAAACCUCCCCGAGGCAAGCGGGAGACGACCUGUGGAGUUUGCGGGAAGAGCUUCAGCCGCCGGACGGGCCUGCUGGCCCACGAGAGGGUGCACACGGGCGAGAAGCCCUACAAGUGCCCUCACUGCGGGCGCAGCUUCCGCUCCAAGUCCACCCUGGUGGUUCACCAGAGGACCCACACGGGCGAGAAGCCCUACCGGUGCCAGGCCUGCGGGAAGAGCUUCCCCGUGACCACGCAGCUCAUUGAGCACGAGAGGACCCACUCGGGCGAGAAGCCCUACCAGUGCGCCGAGUGCGGGCAGAGCUUCCGCCAGCGCUCGCACCUGAAGAACCAUCAGAAGAUCCACACGGGCCUCAAGCCCUUCAGGUGCUCGUACUGCGGCAAGGGCUUCAGCAUCAGCUCGGACCUCAUCCGGCACGAGAGGGCCCACACCGGAGAGAAGCCCUACCAGUGCCCGGACUGUGGGAAGCGCUUCUGCAACAGCUCACAGGUCAUCACGCACCGCCGGGUCCACACCGGGGAAAAACCCUACAAGUGCCUGGAGUGCGGGAAGGGCUUUGCCGUCAGCCAGCAACUCAUCCGGCACCAGGCGGUCCACACGGGGGAAAAGCCCUACCAGUGCCUGGAGUGCGGGAAGACUUUUGGUGUCAGCACCCUCCUGGCCGGGCACUUGAGGAUCCACACGGGGGAGAAGCCGUACGAGUGCUCCGAGUGCGGGAAGCGCUUCCGCCUCCGCUCAACGCUCAUCACGCACCUGAAAAUCCACGCGGCGAGGAAAAGUUAG